AUGGGGCUCCAAAAGAAGACGCGCAAAUUUGCACAAGCUAAAAGAGCAAUUUCCAUACGGGACAGCCGAUUGAAGGAGAACCAGAACGAGCAGAAAAGCAAAAAUACCAAGGAUGAUCUGGUUCGAGAAGCGCCUCAGGCUCCGUCGUCUCUGUUCUUCCAGUACAACACGGCACUCACCCCUCCAUAUUCUGUGCUAGUCGAUACCAACUUUAUUUCUCAUACCAUUCAGCACAAACUCGAUAUUAUUCCGACUAUGAUGGACUGCUUAUAUGCGAAGUGUAUACCCGUUAUCACUGACUGUGUAUUGGCAGAGCUGGAAAAGCUUGGCCCGAAAUAUCGACUCGCUUUACGUGUUGCCAAGGAUCCUCGAUUCCAAAGAAUCAAAUGCGACCACAAAGGCACAUACGCAGAUGAUUGCCUUGUUGACCGACUUGUAAAGCACCGUGUCUAUAUUGCUGCUACCAACGAUCGGGAUUUGAAACGACGCAUUCGGAAAAUACCCGGAGCGCCUAUUAUGAGUGUUGCGCGAGGGAAAUACGUUAUUGAACGACUGCCAGAUGCUCCUGAGAAGUGA